AUGGAUGCCUCUCCGGCUCUGGAAGCGGAGCUGGAGCACCUCAACGCCUCCCUGAACGAGUCCUGGGCCAACCCGUUCGUGCAGCCGCCCUGGCAGGUGGCCCUGUGGGCCGUGGCUUACGCCCUGAUCGUGGUGGUGGCCGUGGUGGGCAACGUGGUGGUCAUGUGGAUCAUCCUGGCGCACAAGCGGAUGCGCACGGUCACCAACUUCUUCCUGGUGAACCUGGCCUUCGCCGAGGCCUCCAUGGCCGCGCUCAACACCGUGGUGAACUUCAGCUACGCCGUGCACAACGAGUGGUACUUCGGCCCGGCCUACUGCCGCUUCCACAACUUCUUCCCCAUCGCCGCCGUCUUCGCCAGCAUCUACUCCAUGACGGCCAUCGCGCUGGACAGGUACGUGGCCAUCAUCCACCCGCUCCGGCCGCGCCUCUCGGCCACGGCCACCAAGGCGGUCAUCGGCCUCAUCUGGCUCCUGGCCUUCCUGCUCGCCUUUCCCCAGGGAUAUUUCUCCGUCACCGCCGAGCUCCCGGGACGCCUCGUGUGCCUCGUGGAGUGGCCGGAGCCCGGCAGCGCCGCAUCCGGAAAAACGUACCACUUCUCCACGACCGUCCUGCUGUACCUGCUGCCGCUGCUGGUGAUCGGCUGCGCCUACGCCGCCGUCGGCCGCACGCUCUGGGCCAGCGAGAUCCCCGGGGACUCCUCCGACCGCUACCACGAGCAGGUGUCGGCCAAGAGGAAGGUGGUGAAGAUGAUGAUCAUCGUGGUGUGCACCUUCGCGCUCUGCUGGCUGCCCUACCACGUGUACUUCACGCUGCAGUACCUGCGGCCCGAGUGGUACCUGCAGAGGUUCAUCCAGCAGGUCUACCUGGCCGUCAUGUGGCUGGCCAUGAGCUCCACCAUGUACAACCCCAUCAUCUACUGCUGCCUCAACGACAGGUUCCGGCUGGGAUUCAAGCACGCGUUCCGCUGGUGCCCGUGGGUCAGCGCCGGGGAGUACGAGGGGCUGGAGCUGCGCUCGGCGCGGUUCCUGCACACGCAGAGCUCGGUGUCCAAGGUCAGCAGGAUGGACACCACCACCGUGGCCUCGGCGCUCGGCGCAGCCGACGACGACCCCGACGAGCCCGGCCGGGCCAAGCGGCUCUCCCUGGACAUGACCUCCAACGGCUCCUCCCGCAGCGACUCCAAGACGGUCUCUGAGAGCCUCAGCUUCUACUCCAACACCCUCACCUAGGGAGGUCCUCGUCCCCUGGGUGCCACCUCAGCGUCACCGCCCUGCUCGUGCCGUGCCGCCGUUUCCCGUGCUGUUUUCCUGUCCCUUUUCCUUGGGAGAGCCCAGCAGCAAAACCUUGGGAUGAGUUCUGAGUGUUCCGUUGCGGGGCCGGCCGCCGGAAUGUUUGGCUGGCCCCGCCUUGCUGCCGGGCAGAUGGAGGGGAUGCAGGAACAGCACAGAGCCGGGUUUUUCUCCGGAAUUCCAACACUGGCCGGUGCUUCCAUGCUCUCUGCGAGGCAGGAGGGAUCUCCCAGUGCAUCCCACCCACGGGAAAACGACCCCAUCCUGCACUUCCCUCCUCCCAUCCUUAAUUUCAUUCUCCCCGUUGGAUAUCCAGGGGAAUAUUGAAUCCCAAAAUUCAGCAAAAUGGCUCUUUCCAGCUCCAUGGGGAAUCAUCGGCCACAGCGCAGAUCCAGGACUUCCCGCACGGUCUUGGAUCAUCGCUGGCACCCACACCCCGCUGCUCCGAGGUCUCCUGCUCCAAACCCACAGAUCGGAGCAGGGUGCUCCCAAAGGAUCUACUGAAGGAUCUACUGCAGGAUCUCCUGAAGGAUCUCCUGAGGGAUCUCCUGAGGGAUCUCCCGAAGGAUCUCCCAAGGGAUCUCCUGAAGGAUCUACUGAAGGAUCUCCCAAGGGAUCUCCCGAAGGAUCUCGGAGCUGAGCCGGGCUUUGGUUGCUGUUCCUCAACCACCACAAGGAAUCCCUGUGAUUCCCUGGAAGCCCCAAGGUGAUUCCUCUUGGAUGGACUCUGGAAUGCCAUGGAGCUCUGGAAAAGGAGAGCCCACCCUGAAGCGAUUCUCACCCCCUGGAAAUGGAUUCCGUCCCAAAAAUGAGGAUUGGAGGGAGAUCGGGAAUUCUGCAGGGCUGGUUUCACCCUGAUGGUUGAGGUGAUUCCCUUCCAGCUCCUGGAUUUUGUUUUAAUCAGGGAAUUUUUUUUCCUUUGCAAAAACCAUGAAGUUCGUGACGUGUGCAUGGAUCUGUGGAACGUUUCAGUCCUGUUCCGAUGGAUGAUUUUCCCUGGACUUGUCCAGUGGAUGAACACACACCCAGAGUGAGGGAAAAAGGAAAAUAAAACCCCAAGUGGAUAAACUCGGCUUGUUGGGAACAAAGCCACAAAUUCGGGGACAGUUUGGGGGGAAUUUGCUCCCGGCUGCUGCUCUGAGUUCUCGCUUGUGGUGUGGAAAUCGGGCUCCUAAAUGGAGUCACUGCAGGAGAAAUGAGGGAUGAACUCUGGAGGAAUGAGGGAUGAACAAUGGAGAAAUGAGGGAUGAACAAUGGAGAAAUGAGGGAUGAACUCCAGAGAAAUGAGGGAUGAAUGAUGGAGAAAUGAGGGAUGAACAAUGGAUAAAUGAGGGAUGAAUGUUGGAUAAAGGAGGGAUGAACUCCAGAGAAAUGAGGGGUAAACAAUGGAGAAAAGAGGGAUGAACUCCAGAGAAAUUAGGGAUGAACAAUGGAGAAACGAGGGAUGAACUCCAGAGAAAUGAGAGAUAAAUGAUGGAGAAAUGAGGGAUGAACAAUGGAGAAAUGAGGAAUGAAUGAUGGAGAAACGAGGGAUGAACGUUGGAGAAACGAGGGAUGAACAUUGGAGAAAUGAGGGAUGAACGUGGGAGAAAUGAGGGAUGAACGUUGGAGAAAUGAGGGAUGAACGAUGGAGAAAUGAGGGAUGAACUCCAGAGAAACGAGAGAUGAACGAUGGAGAAAUGAGGGAUGAAUGAUGGAGAAACAAGGGAUGAACGAUGGAGAAACAAGGGAUGAACUCCAGAGAAACGAGAGAUGAACGAUGGAGAAAUGAGGGAUGAACGUGGGAGAAAUUAGGGAUGAACAAUGGAGAAACGAGGGAUGAACGAUGGAGAAACGAGGGAUGAACGAUGGAGAAACGAGGGAUGAACAUGGAAGCGCUCGGCGGAUUUGCGCAGACCAAGGAAUUGCUCAUUUAUUCCCAAAAGCUGAACCUCAGACCCCACUGAGCACGGAGAGCUCUGGGAAUAAAGCAGGGACGACUUCCGGAGCUUCCCGACUCUCCGGGCUCCAAAGUGGCUCUGGGAAGAUCCAAUCAUUCUGGAUAAACCUGGAUAAAUCCCUGUUUAUCUCGGAGAUGAACCCACCCAUGUUCAAGCCACGACUCCGGAUGGAAUUCAAGGAAUGGGCAAAGAGGUGGAUCCAGGAACAACUGAAAGCAGAUUGACAAAAAUGAUCCUUUUUCCCCCAAAUCCUGCCCGGUACCAUCUGUGAGGAGCAGCUUUUCCAGCCGUUCCCACCCUCCUCCCACCCCCUGCGGCCGUGCCACGUCCCAAAGCUCCACAUGCUUUGGAAUGGGAUUUUUCCUGCUUAAAUUCCCACAUUUUCCUGUUCUGGUCACCUCAAGGCACAUUCCCAUGGCUGCUUCCCAAAUCCUGGAGAACGGGAAUGGUGUGACCCCUCCUGGGGGGUUGGUUUGGCAGAAUCCCACCGGUCCCAAAGGAAGGGGUCAGAGGGAAGGUUUGGGGUGGGAAGCCUUUCCCACUGAUUCCAUGGGAGCUGCCACCAUCCAGAGCCAAAUCCUGAGUCCCUUCCAGCUGCCAUCCCAAAUCCACAAUCCCAAAAAAACCCCCAAAUAGCUCAAAAGGGGUAAAAAGGUGAGUGGAGAUUGGCUCCAAAAACCCCAAAAAUGAGUUUGGGUCCCGUUUGAAGCCAGAAUUCCCAGAAAAAAAAAAAAAAAGGAAAUAUAAAUACAUGUGUGGAUAGGG